AUGAAUGUUCUUCAUCAGUCAGAGAGGAAACUGACUGAGCAGGCAAGAAAGGUCAUAGAUUCUAGACUAAAGGUGCUGUCAGAGCAAAAGGAAUCAGCAGAGAAGAGUUUAAACCUUGUGGAGGAUGUUACGAAUUAUGUGGAAGAGAGUCUGAAGACAGGCAGUCCUCAACAAGUCCUGAAGUCUAAGAAGCAGAUGAUGGAGCGUAUGAGUAAUGUCACUUUACCAAUCAAUUUGGAAGAUUUAUAUCCAAAGGAAAAGGCCGACUUUGAAUUGAGUAAAGAUAUCAAAUCGCUGCAUCACAUUGGAGAUAUUUUGACCCACUCUUCCACUGCACUACAGCAGUGUAGAGUGAAGAAGGUUGAUUGUAUCAUUCCUACCGACAAAACGCUUUCAUUUUCACUAUCAAUGGAGGCACCAGAUUCAUCUCUUUUGUCUGUACAUACUAUAAAUGAUGUGAAGGGCCCCUUGGGAGUUGCUGUAAAUGAUGAUCGUAAUGUCGUAAUAACUGAGCGUGAUGGCCACUGUGUAACAAUACUCGAUAAAGGGGGAAAUAAAGUGAAAUCAUUAGGUGGGGAAGGAGGAAGAGGAUCAGCUAAUGGACAGUUUCAAUCUCCAUACGACAUUGCCAUUGACAGUCAAGGAAUAGUGUAUGUGACUGACUAUGGUAAUCAUCGCAUUCAGAAGUUCUUUCCAGACGGAAAGUUUGUGGGUCAGUUUGGUAAUAAAAGAUUUGGCCCUGGACAGCUUAAUGGUCCAAUGGUGAUGGUAAUUUCGUGA